AUGGGCGCACCUAAAUACCAGAACGUGCCUCAGCGCGACUCACUCGACGAGGCAGCACCCGCGCCGUCAUAUUCCCAGGCGCCACCCAGCUACCAGGCGACCAACGAUCCCCAAGAAGCCCUCCUCAGCGGCGUCCCUCGCGGCGAGAACGACAAUCUGCCUGAUGACUUCAAGUUCGGCGGUGUUGUGGCAGAGGCCACGCUGGACAUCCGGAUGGCCUUUAUUCGAAAGGUUUAUGCCAUCCUGACCGUUCAACUCCUCGCGACGGCCGCCGUAAGCGCGCUAUCGAUGAUGUCGGAAUCAUACAAGAGCUUCAUUCAACAAACCCCGUCGCUCAUGUGGGCAUCGCUGAUCGGCUCUUUCGUCUUCCUCGGCCUCACCUUCUGGAAGCGCAAGUCGUACCCGACCAACCUCUUGUUCCUCGCCGGCUUCACCGCCAUGGAGGCAUACUCCAUCUCCGUCAUUGUCUCGUUUACCGACUCCAAGAUUGUGCUGCAAGCGCUCUUCUUUACCCUAGGCAUCUUCAUCGCGCUGAGCUUGUUUGCUUGCCAGUCCAAGUACGAUUUCACGAGCUGGAUCCCAUACCUUUUCGGAGCGCUUUGGGUCGUGGUACUGUUUGGCUUCAUGUCCAUGUUCUUCCCCAAGAGCAGCACGGUCGAGCUAGGGUAUGGCGUCGUUUGCGCACUCAUCUUCUCAGGCUACAUUCUGGUAGACACACAGAUGAUUAUGCGCCACUACCAUGUUGAGGAGGAGAUUGCGGCGUCCAUCUCCCUCUACCUCGACAUCAUUAACCUGUUCCUCGCUAUCCUGAGGAUCCUCAACUCGCAAAAUCAGAACUAG